AUGAUAAAUUCCGUGCUGCCGAAACAGAUCCUGUCCAACGAUAUCACUUUAAACGUGCUUCCCGACUCUCAUCCACAUAUCCCAGCUGUGGUUGGUAGAGUGCCUUAUGCAACAACAGUCAAACUGCUACAGUUUCUCGUCACCACGCUCUUAAUCCCACCGAGCUCGAAACUCAUGAUCCUGUCAGCACGAACAGACUCUCACCCAUCCAUUUUCCGCUAUUCCUACUAUCGAGCUCACGAUACCGCCAAAGAACCACAAAAAGACGAACAACACAGCCGGCCAACGACGACAGAUCCUGAUCAAGAAGCAGGUCAUCAUGGCCAUCACCAUCACCGACUGACCCAAUCACAAGCAGUUAAAUCGCGACUGUCGUCAGGAUUACCACCUCGAUUCAUAGUGUACUGGAGAACAGUGUCACCAGAAGACUACGAAAUGAAGACGCGAACCAGUUCGUCAUCAAAAGACGAAGACACGACCGAAUACUUCCCGUACUCCUGGUCUUCUUCUCUCACGAAAGAAGUCGACGCACUCAAAAUCGCCCGCUCCCUAGGAAUCCUGCCACACGAGUACCCCGUCCUCACGGGCAUCUUCGAAUUCGACUUCGACGACACCUGCACCUCAAUCAUCACCCACACCAUCACCGACCUCGAAUACCUCACAAAACCCACCUCCGAGUGCGUCAACCCGGCCUAA